AUGCUCUCCGACACGGACACCCACCCACAGCACGUCCUUUCGCCCCAGCACCCGCAGGUUGCCCCCUCACCAGAUCCGAGCGCGUCCUUGCACUCCAUUCUCGCGUCCACCAAGGACCACGAUCAUAUUCACCCGUGGUCGCCUAUGACUUCCUCCGCCAACGCUCAACAGACUCCCCCGCUCCCCAUUCAGAACAGCAAACGCAAGCUCGACGAACCGGAUCAGGAUGACCCUCACCCGAAGAUUCGCAAGACCGUACGCGAACACGUCUCCCAAGACCCCGCGCGCGUCGUUCCAAUGACCACCGUCAUGUGCCUUCACGCUGCAGUAGCCCAGAAGUCUUAUGGCUCAGAGAAACGUUUCCUCUGCCCUCCGCCCGUCGUCCACAUUCAAGGCCCUGUCUGGCAGAUGCGCUCGCAGCAGCUUUCCAUGUCCGUCGUGUCUGAGCAAGGGGAGCGUUCUUUCGACCAAAAGACUUCGCUGGACAACAAUAUGACGGGCAGCUUCAAGUUCCUCCAUGUGACCGGCACCGCGAAGGCAAAGAGUUUCCAGCUCUCCCUUGACAUAGCAGAUCCUGCCACCACGGAGGGCGGUGAUACUACGUCUGCAGGACGCGUUUGGGCUACUUUUGAUUCUGCCCCUGUGACUAUCAUAUCAAAGCCUUCCAAGAAGACUGCUAAAACUAGAAACAUCUCUUCUUGCAUAUUGGCUGGAGGACCUGUGUCUCUUUUUAACCGCAUCAACUCACAGACCGUUCGCACGAAAUAUAUGACCAUCGAUGCUGGGCAACUGUGUGCCAGCAAUACGUCGUGGUCCGCUUUCAACGUCAACGUUGUGCAUCGUCCAGACGACGCUCCUCCGCACUCUGGUCCUCAGCCUGUAACUUAUGGAUGUCAAGUCGUGCUGUCGGAUACUAUGUCAAACAUUGCUACAGGACCACUUGUCAUUCGUAAAGUUGACAAAGGGCGUGUUUCAAACGACGAUGGUGGCCCCGUUAGUCAGAUGCAGAAAAUUGCCCUUCAGCGCGUCAAUCCAGAUGGUUCCCAUCAUUACUUGUCGGCUCAGGGUCCGAUUCCUGGCACUCCGAAUGUUGUCUCGCCUUCUUCGCAAGGGAUAGCUUCACAGGGUGGAACCCACCCUCUGAUAUUCCAGUCUCCUCGAAUCCGAGAGGAAACUAAAGAUGACACUCCGGUUUUUGUCGACGAAGUCGAUGAUUAUUUAUGCUGGACAAUUGUCGGUAUAUCUAAAUUCCAGUAUACUUUCUUUGACGCUUUCGGGCAGAACAACUCUAUCCCCCCUUCGCCGAUCACCCCGUUCCCAACUUUGUUCGCCUCCCCAAUAUACCGUGCCUCGACGAAUACCAUCGAAAUGACCGUGUCACACUUCUUUUACGAGGACCCCAAGACUAGAACGCAGAUGCCCCUGACCGUUUACUUGGGCAAUAUCGGCCCUUUACAUUCACGCGUGUAUCAGGCUGCUCCUCCAGGUCCGCUUACUACAGUCUCCCCUUACGUACAGCCGCUCACUGGGCCAUCUCCCUUGCCCGUUGGGUCGGACGACUCUACUUCUGCAGGUGGGGCAACUUCGCCAUCAGGGCCUUCUGCUGCUCCUCGAUUCGUUGCGCCUCCUUUGCAUACUAUCGUGAUGGUUGAACUUCCUCCCAUUCCGGACGUGAUCAAAGCCCUUCAGGAGGACGCUUUACCUCCACCUGGCGUAGGCCCCUCUAAUGGUCCUGAUAUCAGUGACAUUCAGGUGCAGCCAGCAGCAAACGGUCGUUCCUCUCCCAGGGGUCAAACAGAAGGGGCUGAGGCUAGCGAAAACCCUCCCUCUCAUCCUACGCCUCCUCCCCCCAUUUCAGGUCGCAGCUUGCCAUUGCUAUUUAUCCGAGCUUCCGAUGGGGUAGGGUACCACUCUGGCCGGACGAUCACAUGUGAGAACAUGUUCGAGUCUAUGGAUCUCGCAAGCAUGACUGGCGGGGCAGCCCCUCCACCCCCUGGGACAGGGAUAGACACCAACUGGCUGGCGGCUGCGCAGGCGGCGGCCCAAGCUGAUGGAAACAUGCAUGGAUGGACACUGAGGGUGAUGUAA